AUGGUGUUCGCCGGGCGCCCCGUCAUCGUGCACCCGGGCCUGCGGGAGGCGUCCCCAGGCGGCCGCAGCCGCGCCGGGCAGCCCUCGCAGCCGGAGUGCGUCGGGCGGCCGCUGGCGGAGCUCGCGGGCGACGGUCGCCUGGGCGCCGGCGCGCAGGUCGACUGGGCGCUCGUGCCGGAGGGCCAGUGGUGGUCGGAGGUGGUCGAGACGCCCGAGGAGGUCGAGGCCCGGCUUCAGGAUCCCGACUUCUGCUUUUGGCUCGCCGAAAGGCCCGAGGAGGACGAAGCCGCGGUCGUGUGCCACUUCAACGUCAUUCAGAGGUUGGCGGGCAUGCCGCGCCUCAAGGUGGCCAACUGCUCGCCCCUACACUUCAGCGUGCAGGGCCGGGAGUGGACGCGCUCGCCGCAACUGGACGCCCAGGGGCAGGCAGAGGCACCUCCCCUCGACCGCGCCCUCCUCGACAAGGUCGUGGCCGAGGCGCGUGGGGAGGGCAGGACUGAGCGGGAUGCCGGUGCUGGCGAGGAAGACGCCCUCAUCGGGACCCCCAGGUGCCAAGCUGCCCCCUACGCGACGUGGCAGGUUAUCACCAACAGUGAGGAGCGAUCAGCGGACUGCGCGGGGAGAGGACUGAGCGGGAUGCCGGUGCUGGUGAUGAAGACGACUGAGCGGGAUGCCGGUGCUGGCGAGGAAGACGUCCCAAUCGGGAUCCCCAGGUGUCAAGCUGCCCCCUACGUGAUGUGGCAGGUUAUCGCCAACAGCGAGGUGUCUUUCAGCCAGGAGGCCAACACCAGCGAGCAUGAGUUUCAGGACUGCCUGGACGACGGGGAGCAGCAGCUGCAGAGCAUCCUGAAGACCAGCAGCAGUCGCAGCCGCAGCAACUCCCCUGCGGGCACCGGCAGCACAAUGCGCUGGACGGGCAAAGGUGCACGCCAGGGAGAUGAAGUUUCCAACCUCCUCCUGAAGGCCGUUCUGGCCACGGAGGGCCAGGACUUGCAGAGCAAGCUGAAGCAGCAGUUGCAGCGCCUGGAGAAGGAGAACAUGACGAACAUGGCAGCCCGACAGUGGCCAGUGGAGUGCAUCCAGCAGGAGGCCCAGAAGUUGUCGGCCGCAAAGUUCCAGGCUCAGCACGCGGCGGCCGAAGCGAAGGGCAAGGGUUCGGAGCUUGCGGCGGCAGCGCCUACUGAGAACAAGACCAUGUGUCAAACGGAGAUGGACGCCAAGCGCGGCGUCGACGACCUGCCCGCCGCCCCUGCCGAGGCUGCCGCGCGCUGGGCGGCGCUGCCCCCCUCGGCGACCUGCCGCGCCGCGCCGCGCGCCAGGAAGAGUAUCGAGGCGAUGCUGAGAGGCGACAUGAGCUACUCCGCCAGCGCGCUGAACCCCGAGAUGGACUACGACGCGGCGACCUCGCAGUCUCGGAGGGGCACUGGUGGAGAUCGAGGAGCACGUGCUGAUUGCAAGCGCAUCAUGAAGGAGGAGAUACUGCAGGCUUGGAAGUCAUGGAAGCUGGCGAUGGCGACGCGGCUGUCAAGGGAAGCCGGCCACUGCAGAUUCGGGCCCAAGGAGGUGGAGGCACCGAGGAUGGAGGUGUCCGCGGAACCACUACCCGACCUGACCUUUGAUGGAGGAGCGAGCUAG